UUAGAACAGUGAGACUGUGUAUCAAGCUGCAAGUAGCAAUAGCUGGGUGAUAGGAAGGGCUGUGUAGACGCUGGAGCAGAGGACUUAAUCACUGUCAGUGUCACUCUUAGCAAUAUAAAGUCAAAGGAUACAUUUAGGUGUCUCCAAAAGAGGUGUCUUGUGACAUCUGAGAACUUCAGGGCUUUUUGCACUUUUCCCUCCCUUGAUUUAGCAAAGCACAGUGACGCAGGGAUGGCUGGCCACUAGUCUGCAGCCCAUUCCCUGAGCAGUUGUGUUGGAGUUGAUGGAACCGUGCAAACAGGGAGAGGAGACAGAGGGAGAUCUGAGCAGGAAAAUGGGGAGAAUGAGCGUCUCACAGAGGGAUGGGGACAAUCACCCUCUUUUAAAGCUCCCUUGAGUUGGAUUGCAGCAUGUCAGCCAAGUCUAAGGGGACAUCCUCGCCAACAGAGGGGAAUGCCUCGAAAGCCAAGGUGAAAGAACAGAUCAAGAUUAUUGUGGAUGAUUUGGAGUUAGUACUGGGAGAUCUGAAGGAUGUAGCUAAGGAACUUAAGGAGGUGGUUGACCAAAUUGACACUUUAACGUCAGAUCUACAGCUGGAAGAUGAGAUGACAGACAGCUCAAAAACAGACACAUUGAACAGCAGCUCCAGUAGCACAACUGCUUCCAGCUUAGACAAGAUUAAAGUACGAGCAAAUGCCCCAUUAAUAACACCACCUGCACACCAAUCAGCUGUUCUUACAGUGCUUAGAAAGCCUAAUCCUCCUCCACCACCACCACGGUUGACACCUGUAAAGUUUGAAGAUACUCCUAUGUUGAAUAAUUCAACAAAUCCCGUAAAGAAUAAUGGCCCUUUGCUUCGGAAUGGUGGUUUACCCGGAGGACCUACCAAAGUUCCAAAUGGUGAUAGAUGUGCUAUUCAUAACACUAAGGUGGAUAAAUUUGUUGCACAGCCUUUGACACAUAGGCCAGAAAAGGAACGUUGUUCACAGACUACAACAAGAGAACGUGUACGUUUUAGUGAAAAUGUGUUAUACCACGGCUACUGUCCGGACUGUGAUAUUCGGUCUGAAAUAAAAAACAGAGAGGGGCAUCUACAUGGGGAGCCUGUCCACGUAGCAGGAAAACUUCCUCAUAAUUGCCCUCCUUUACCACCACCCCCUCUCCCAGCAUUUCCUCUUGAAAAUGGAGGGCUUGGAAUAAACAGUAGCGGUAGUCACCCUCCCCCAAAGACUGGCAUGCUGCCUCCACUGACUGCACCAAAACCUCAAAAAACUAUUCUGAGGAAAUCUACCACUACAACAGUGUGACCUUUAGGUUUUUUCUACUUUUUCUUUUUUUUCUAUUUUGAAAUAAUUUACAUAAACAUAAAAGAUUUUACAACGAGCACUUUAAAGCAAUAAAAAAGACCCCCAAAUCCCACCAUCACUAGAAGAGGCAUAACAAUCAAUGAUCCCCACGUUGGAAAAGAAAAUCUCCAAUCCGUAGCUUUCUCCAUCAGUUCCUUCUGUUUACAUAUAUCAUUAUGACUUUCGUCUAUGGAUGGAGAUAUACACUACAAGAGACACAUCCUUCCUGAUCACUGGAAUCGGAGCACAAUGCUUGGAGUCAUCAUAGAUUUAUUUUUUGUUCCACUCUAUAAACUUUACCCUGAUAAUAUCACAGCCUUAUUUACUAUUCACAAAAAAACUUACAUUUGAAAAAGCAAUGUAUAACUAAGUGAUCCCUUUAGAAUUCAUUAGAAUCCAAUUUUUUAUUAGCAUCCAACAAAGCUGUACCCAGUGCAGGAAGGUAAAUGGACAGAUAAAAAUCUCCAUCAGUAUUACAAAAUUCUUUAUUUUGGAAACUAGAGACAAUAUAGUUAAUACAUUUUAUAUGGUCCGAAUACAAAUCUCUUUCUAUUACGGUCGAGAAGGAUUUCUACUGUACCACUUAAAGCCAUAGAUUAUCAGUGGUGAAAAAUACAAUGGGAUGUCAAGUGAUGUAUCUCAUUCCCUGAAUAAACUAACGGCUGUAUUUCAAUGGUUGUGGAUUGCAUCAAUGCAUGUUGUAUGUAUUUGCACAAUCAGUUCCAGAUUAAUGAUAUGUGCUAUAUUUUGCAGAGAUGGUCAGGAUGAACAUUUCAUAGGUUAGGCUUGCAAGGAUCUUCUUUCAAAAUGGAUGCCUACAUAUUCUACCCAUCUACAGAGAUAUUUUCCCCUAC